CGGUCUCCGCGGCGCUGGAUCGGCAGCGGCGGCGGCUGAAGAAGAAGAGGAGCGGGCCCAGAGGGUACGCUGCCUCGGUGUUGUUAUAACCAGAAUUUGACAAAGAAAAGAUCUACUUAUUAGAACUCUUUUGACAUAGAGAUGUGGGGGGAUUCUCGGUCUAAUAAUAGAUCAGGACCAUUUCGUGGGAGCCAAGAAGAAAGGUUUGCUCCCGGGUGGAACAGGGAUUAUCCUCCUCCUCCCCUUAAGAGUCAUGGUCAAGAGAGACACUCUGGCAACUUUCCUGGCAGAGAUUCACUCCCCUUUGAUUUCCAGGGGCAUUCGGGGCCUCCCUUUGCAAAUAUAGAGGAACAUUCUUUCAGCUAUGGAGCUAGAGAUGGACCACAUGGUGACUAUCGAGGAGGGGAGGGACCUGGACAUGAUUUUCGGGGGGGAGAUUUUUCAUCUUCUGAUUUCCAGAGCAGGGAUUCAUCGCAGUUGGACUUCAGGGGUAGGGACAUACAUGCUGGGGAUUUUCGGGAUAGAGAAGGACCACCUGUGGACUAUAGGGGUGGAGAUAGUACCUCUAUGGAUUAUAGAAGUAGGGAGUCAUCUCACAUGAGCUACAGGGACAGGGAUGCUCAUACUGUUGACUUCAGAGGUAGGGAUGCUCCUCCUUCUGACUUCAGGGGUCGAGGUGCUUAUGAUUUAGAUUUUAGAGGCCGAGAUGGAUCCCAUGCAGAUUUUAGGGGAAGAGAUUUAUCAGAUUUGGAUUUCAGGGGCAGAGAUCAAUCUCGCUCAGAUUAUAGGAGUAGAGAUUUAUCUGAUUUGGACUUCAGAGACAAAGAAGGAACCCACAUGGACUUUAGAAGCCGAGGUUCAGGUAAUUCUGAUCUAGACUUUAGGGACAGGGACAACUCACGUUCAGAUUUCAGAGGUAGACACCGGCCUAGGACUGAUCAGGAUUUUAGGGGCAGAGAGAUGGGACCUUGUAUGGACUAUAAAGAUAGGGACAUGCCCCGUAUGGAUCCAAAUAUUUUGGAUUACAUUCAGCCCUCUACACAAGAGAGAGAGCAUUCUGGUAUGAGUAUAAACAAGAGAGAAGAAUCCACACAUGACCAUGCAAUAGAAAGGUCUGCUUAUGGCAUUCAUAAGGGAGAGUUUGAGCAUUCAGAAACGAGAGAAGGAGAAGCACAAGGUUCAGCCUUUGAACAUGAGUUGCCAUCAGACUUUCCGAACAGACAAAGCCCACUUCAAGAUCAAGACUCACUGCUUUCUGGAGGUGAACAACGGCAUUCAGAUGCUAGUCUGUUUAAAGAAGAAGUUGGUUUGGACUUUCUUGGCCGAGAAGACACUGAUUACAGAAGCAUGGAUUACUGUGAUGUGGAUCAUAGACUGCCAGGAAGCCAGAUGUAUGGCUAUGGCCCCCACAAAUCUUUUCCAGAGGGCAAAAGCACUCGGGAUGCCCAUCGGGACCUUCAGGAUCAAGAUUACAGGACUGGCCCAAGUGAAGAGAAACCAAGCAGGCUUAUUCAGUUAAAUGGGGUACCUGAAAAUGCCACAAAGGAAGAGAUUCUUAAUGCUUUUCGGACUCCUGAUGGUUUGCCUGUAAAGGACUUGCAGCUGAGGGAGUAUUCUACAGGUUACGACUAUGGCUAUGUCUGCGUGGAGUUUUCACUCUUGGAAGAUGCCAUCGGAUGCAUGGAGGCCAACCAGGGAACUGUAAUGAUCAAUGAUGAAGAGGUCAUCCUUGAAUACAUACCGAGCCCAGAUUCUUGGUACUGCAAACGGUGUAAGACCCACACUGGUGGACAUAGAUCUUCAUGUUCAUUCUGCAAAGGACCAAGGGAAGAGGCAAAGCAGGAAUUAAUAAGCUAUCCUCAGCCUCAGAAAACAUCUAUAUCAGCACUGUCAGAAAAACUGUACAGCCAGUCCCAUAGGUCAACUGAUAAAGAGUCUGACUCCAAGAAACGAGAAGAAGGACAAGAACGCUUGGGGCACCAAAAGAGAGAUGGAGAUCGAUAUUCGUCUUCUCGAAGGGAAGGAUCUACCUUCCGAAGAGACAGAGAGAAAGACUCAUGGUCAGGGGACUCACGCCAUGAUGGAGAGAGCAAAACAAUCAUGUUAAAGCGCAUCUAUCGUUCGACCCCACCUGAGGUGAUAGUGGAAGUGCUGGAGCCCUAUGUCCACCUUACUACUGCCAAUGUCCGAAUUAUUAAGAACAGAACUGGCCCCAUGGGCCACACCUAUGGCUUUAUUGACCUUGACUCCCAUGCGGAAGCUCUUCGAGUAGUGAAGAUUUUGCAAAAUCUUGAUCCACCAUUUAGCAUUGAUGGGAAGAUGGUAGCUGUAAACCUGGCCACUGGAAAACGAAGGAAUGACUCUGGGGACCAUUCUGACCACAUGCACUACUAUCAGGGUAAAAAAUAUUUCCGAGAUAGAAGAGGAAGUAGCCGAAAUUCAGACUGGUCUUCAGAUACAGGUCGACAAGGACAGCAGUCAUCAUCUGACUGCUACAUAUACGAUUCUGCUACUGGCUACUAUUAUGACCCCUUGGCAGGAACUUACUAUGACCCCGAUACCCAGCAAGAAGUCUAUGUGCCCCAGGAUCCUGAGUCACCUGAUGAAGAAGAAGAGAUCAAGGAAAAGAAAUCUAGCAAGGAAGGAAAAUCAAGUAGUAGGAAAGAAUCAUCUAAAAGGGAUGGCAAGGAGAGAAAAGACAGAGGCCUAACAAAGUUUCAGGACAAUGCAAGUGAAGGGAAGGCUCCCCCAGAGGAUGUCUUUAAGAAACCCUUGCCUCCCGUUGUGAAGAAGGAAGAGAGUCCUCCUCCACCUAAAGUGGUAAACCCACUAAUCGGUCUCCUUGGUGAAUAUGGAGGAGACAGUGACUACGAGGAGGAGGAGGAAGAGGAGCAGGCUCCUCCCCCACCACCUCGCACAGUGCAGGCCCAGCCGAGGGAAGAGCCCGUCAAAAAGGAGAAUGAAGAAGACAAACUCACUGACUGGAAUAAACUGGCUUGCCUUCUUUGCAGAAGGCAGUUUCCCAAUAAGGAAGUGCUCAUCAAACACCAGCAGCUUUCAGACCUGCACAAGCAAAACCUGGAAAUCCACCGGAAAAUUAAGCAGUCUGAACAAGAGUUGGCCUAUCUGGAGAGGCGAGAACGGGAGGGCAGAUUUAAGGAAAGAGGAAAUGAUCGCAGGGAAAAACUCCAGUCUUUGGAUUCUCCAGAACGAAAAAGGAUCAAAUACACCAGGGAAACGGACAGUGACCGUAAACCUUUGGGUAAAGAAAGUAUCGACAAUAGCAGCAAAGGAGGCUAUGGCCAGCAGGCUACUGGCUGGAAGAAGGGUACAGGUUUGGGAUAUGGCCAGCCUGGCUUAACUUCGGAAGAGACUGAAGGCCGCAUGAAGGGACCCGGAGUGGGAGCCCCAGGAAGGACUAGCAAGAGACAGUCUAACGAAACUUACCGAGAUGCAGUUCGAAGAGUCAUGUUUGCUCGGUAUAAAGAACUCGAUUAA